AUGAGCAUCACAGACGUGCUUAGCGCUGAUGACAUUGCAGCAGCCCUGCAGGAAUGCCAAGACCCAGAUACUUUUGAACCCCAAAAAUUCUUCCAGACAUCAGGCCUCUCCAAGAUGUCAGCCAGCCAGGUAAAGGACGUUUUCCGAUUCAUAGACAAUGACCAGAGUGGAUACCUGGAUGAAGAAGAGCUUAAGUAA